UGCGCGGCUGGGCGGGAAAAAGUGCCCGGCUUGACGGAUGGCGGGACAGUGACCGGGGCAAUGGCUGCCGGGCCGGGCCGGCGAGCCCCGCGCGGCUCGGGGAGGCCCGUCGGCAGCUCCCGGCCGCGGGUUCUCUCUCAUGGAGGAAAAGCCGAGGCCAAAGGUCUCACUUCAGGCAUGGCAGUGGGCCAGGCCCCGACCAGCCUCGCCUCCCCGGACACCGGCACUUGCGGAAUGAGUACAAGUACUUCCAAAGAAUGACUAGCACAUCCCAUGUAGAAGGUAAACAGAAUGCACUGAUAAUGGGUAAAAAAACCUGGUUCUCCAUUCCUGAGAAGAAUCGUCCUCUAAAAGGCAGAAUUAAUAUAGUGCUCAGCAGGGAGCUCAAGGAAACCCCACAAGGAGCACAUUAUCUUUCCAGAAGUCUUGAUGAUGCUUUAGCUCUUUUGGAUUCACCAGAGUUAAAAAGUAAAGUAGACAUGGUCUGGGUCGUCGGAGGCACUUCAGUUUACAAGGCAGCGAUGGAGAAGCCAAUGAAUCAUCGAUUGUUUGUGACAAGAAUUCUGCAGGAAUUUGAAAGUGACACAUUUUUUCCGGAGAUUGACUACAAAGAUUACAAACUUCUCACGGAGUACCCAGGUGUCCCUGCUGAUAUCCAAGAGGAGAAUGGCAUCCAGUACAAAUUUGAAGUGUAUGAAAAAGCUGUCUUGGCACAAUAAAUGAGGCUUUCUGUACUUCUGUGUUAAGGGCAGGCAUUUUAAAACAUGAAAUCUUACUGAGUGCAAAUAUAUAUUAAAUUAUUGCGAGAAAAUCCUGCUUGAUAGUAAUAAUACCUCAGUAGCGAAUGAUUCCAAAAAACACACCCCACCUUCUGAAUAUAUACCCUGAAGUGGAAAUGUGAGGGUGGACAGCAGCAUGAAAGAGGUAGCUCUAAGAAAUAUUGCAACUAAGGUUGCAUGAGACCUUGUGUUGAUCUUUACAAUCGAUGGCAGCAUCCCUAAGAAUUCCACAAGCAACAAAAGACAUCAGAACCUUUCUACCUAAACAGAGGUUUCAAGUGUCUCCUGAUUCAAAACAUCCAACACUGAGUUUAACAAGAAUGGUAUAUACAUUUGUAACAAUCUUUAAAACAUACCGAUGUAGAGGAAAAGGUAAGCAAGCGUAAGAAGAGAAAUGGAGACUGGAAGCCUCGGGCAGCUGUUGAGGGAUACAUUGAUCCUUCAUGGAAGUCUUCUUGUUAUCUUAACCAUCCUGGGUACACAGCCUUCAUCAAGCCUUUUGGCUGAAAACACUGACUUAAAAAUUAAUCUAAUUGAUAAAGAAGUUUUAACAUUUCCAUUAACUUCACACCUGUGUAAGGGGUUGCUGCUCUUAUAAAAAUUUGCUGUGUCAGUUUAACCAUGGCCACUUUGCAUUAUAAGAACAUAAGCAUUGCUUUCUUAACAGAAUCUGUGUUCUUAUGUCCCUUCUAAAUGUUAUCAGUGCAGAUGCAGAGUGUUAAUUUGUUGAUGUGAUUUUGAAUAUUCUGUGUCACAUACAAAUACGGAUUAUAAGCAGAUAGUGGGGUCCUGUUUCCUCUUUCAUUAAACAUAGCUAGUAUAAUAAUGUUUUGCAUUGCUGUUCUCUAAAAAUAAUGCGCAAUAUAUUGAUACUAUAGUAACACUGAUUCUAAUGGAAUACAAUGCCACGUGUUGACUAAAGGUUGUUAUGGCCAGUAUGAUCACAACAUGACCAGUAAUACAGCCUGUUGGUAUAUUCUGGCUGUGGGCAGUUGGUCAGACAGAAGAGGGCUCCAUAUACGAAGUGUCACAGAGAGGAGCUGGGUCAUACCGUGCCCAUCAGUGCUUCCUCCGGCUGCAGCUGCCACGCUGAGAGUGGUGGCCUGCAGGGAGGGAGUUCUGCCUCCCUUUCUUUUCAGAUCAGCCUGAGACCAGACAAGUGAAAAAAAAAGAAGAAAAAAACCCCAAACCUUUACCCUCAAAACUCUGCUGGCUCUUUACCCAAAGCAUUUUAAAAGCAUCAUCUUGUGAAGCAGUAUUGUAGGAGAUUCAGGUAAUAAUGCUCGUCCUUUUAUGUCACACUGAGGCCCAGUUCUAACAUCAGGAAGGGCAGCACUGACCAUCAGCAGGCUUUACACAGGUUAUAACUGCAGAGAGGAGCAUAACAGCCCCCAGUUUUCUAAGAGGAGAUUAAACCUUGAUUUUGCUUGCUUUUGAAAAGGCAAACCUCUUUGAUAAAAGGAAAACACUGAGAGUAUCUGCUAUGAACAUUUUCCAUGGCAAUUUACAAUGUAUAACUAUUAAAAAGAUAAUUUUUGCAGCAUCUGUUCUGGGUUGUCUGUUUUCUCUGUGUUCUUUUUGCAUUCUUAAAAAUGUAAGUACUUUCCUCAGUUGGUCUUCUUGGCCCAUGUGUGCUGAGUUUACAUCAGUCAAUAAAGAUUAAAACAACAAAGUUAAAUGCUUGCAUAAUACAGCAAUAAGUCUCCUGAGUUUUCAUUUGCCAACAUCUUGUGAAAGGGAAGGAAAAAGACUGUUACCAGGGGGAUAAUACUUUUUUUCAAAAUGUAAGUCACAGUGACCCUGACAAGAGAAAAUAAGCUCCCAAAAGCGUUUAAUGUGUACCAGGUAGUAUCAAAAACCAGGUCACUGUUGAAAGCUCUUCACAGCUAGUCUGCAGAGUACUGUGGCUUAUGGCAACUGACUUCUAUUAAAAGUAGAAGCGAAGACUUCAUGUGAUGUUGGAUUGCACUGUGAUAGUGAUGUAGACGUAGGUCAGAAAAUUUCUGCCUAAGCAUACGUUGCAGGAGGUACUGGUCACUGAGGCCAAAAUGUUUUGUAGAACCGCUUUGGUUGCGAAGGACUUGGAUGCAAGCAAGCCUACUGGGAACAUAGAUAGUUACUCUGACUCUUUGUGGACUGACAUGGUCCUCUCCAGACUUAAAUGUUCCAUUUGUUAAAUUUACAACAAAUUAAAUCAAUUUAUGAUUCAUGGAAAUAACUUCUGAAAUAACAGCAGUUUCCUACUUAAAACUUCUCAGAACAUAUUAAUGAUGCAGUUUCUUCAGUAUGCCACUCUGCCAAAAAGAUGCAUUUUUGUUUGUUUGGGGCUUUGCUUUAAUAAAAGUACUGUAUUUGGACAGCAUCUUUUGCAUCAGAUCUUUCCAAUAUGCCAUACACUUUCCAAUCAAAAAACUAGAAAAAUGCAUUUGAUCUCAGUGAAGCUGGGUCCGGAAGAAGUGUGUUCAUCCUAAUGACAGACCUACCAGCCCCACAAGGUUAGAUGCUUAUUGUUCCAGGAUGGAUAGGCAGAAGAGUGUACGUUUGUGUGUUCGGGGAGCACAUACGAAGACUCUGCUGACAGGUGUGUUAUUUCCAGA